AUGGCCUCCCAGUGAGCUAAGACUGUAGGCGGAAGGGUUUAGUUAUUACGGCAUAUAACAUCAUAGGUGAAAAAUCGAAUUUGUUUAGGCAACGUGAAAGAAAUCUGUCAAAAAAAUUGGAGUGCAUUUACAUGUUUUGUAAGUGGCUGUCACUGCAGGCGCGAUGAAAUUAAACGAAAGAUCAUUGUUGAGAUUAGCAACGGAUCACAGUAAAGGGGAUCAGGAGGGAUUUCUAUUAAAAAAAGGAGAGUUAAACAAGGGUUUUCAAAGACGAUAUUUUGUGUUACGUGGGAACCUAUUGUUUUAUUUCGAAAAAGAGCACGACAGAGAACCAGUUGGCGUAAUAAUCGUCGAGAAUUGUCGAAUUGAAUUGUGUACGAACGAGGUAUCGCCAUUUGCUUUUCAAAUUCUUUUCGAUGGUAUUGGAACGCGUACAUACGUACUCUCAGCGGAAAGCGAGGAGAGCAUGAACGAGUGGAUGACAAAGUUGAUACAUGCAAAGUAUAUUUACUUGAAAACAUUGGUGACAGACUUGGACUGUCAGCUGAAAGGGCUACAAGACAAAGAAUCAAGAAUGACGCCUGAUGCUUUGUCUGAUUCUGAAUCAGACACUGAGUUACCAAAGGACACAAAUUCAUUAUCUAAAGAACUGGACGAAGCAGAUGGGUUUUUAGCAAAUCCUCCUGUGUAUUCACGACCGAAGAUGUUUUACAAAACCCUUCCAUCAAGACGAAGGCCAAGACCGACUAGCAACAAUAGUUGGAAUCGAUGGAGUUUGUCGACAAGCCCACCUGGUGAAAUCAAUGAUUUUUCAAGUUUGUCAGAUCAAACUAAUUUUCUUUGGGAGCCUCAGCCAGGGAGGGAGUUUAGAAGUUCUUUUACUUCUCCAUCAUUUUCAGAACUUCGAAAUAAUGAAGAGAUACAAGACAACAGUAUCAUUGACUUCUCGGAAACUGAUGAAAACAAGUACUUUGAUAAGAAAGUUGAGAUAAAUACCCUCUCUGAUAAGUUAAAGGUAAGCUCAAUCCACAGACGAGUGAAAUCUGAACGCUAUAAAAGCAAACCAGGAAGCAUUUUAGGUACAAAAAAGGAUCAUCGUGGAUCAUUGAGCAAUUCCAGGAGAGGCUUUUCUGAUGACUUAAGUAAUGUUGAAGAAAAUGUGAAAUCAAAAUUUCAACACCUACACAGAGUUUGGGGUGCAACAAUUUGGACUAAAGUUAAAGAAUUUGAAAUACAAUCGGUCAGAACAAAAACAAACGAAGGCUUAUAAACAUUAAAUGUACAGCAAUAAUCUUUAUACAAAUGUACAUGUAAAUUUUAACUUGUCUAGUGGGUUUGCUUUAUUUACUUCCAUGCUCUAUAAUACUGCACGGUAUUUAACAAGAAUUCCGAGAGUUUAUAAUAUUCAUUAAUUAGAACAAUUUGAACUUUGA